AUGCUUUCACCUUAAUAGCUAAGUCUUCUUAACAAGAACAAACUCAUUGAGAUGGUCUACAAGAACUAUCAGAAUCAGGCCACUCUUGUCCAGAAUCAGGGCAGGCCAGCUGAAACUGGGGGCUGUGUUACAGUCCUCAGUGCAAGCAGUAACAAUGAAACAAUAGAGGAAAAUAAUCUCUCUUUUGCGGUUAAUUCCUAGUAAUCUAAAAACAAUAAUUCAAAAAAUCAAAAGUUUUUAACAAAAACAAUCGGUGUUGCUCCUAAUAUCACAAAUGCCAAAAAAACUACAAGCAAUGCUAAAUCGAAGAAUAUUGCGAAAAAGAAGUUGACAAAUACGGGUGAAAAAUACUAUUCAAAUUCAAAAGUUGAUAGAAGCAGUGGAAUUAUCUUACAAACUGAAAAUGGUAUAGUAAGCACUCAAGGAUCUAUAGGCAAUACAUAACUUAUCUUCAAAUCAUUUUAAAACAACCCAAAUCAAGCUUAAAGUACCCUCUCAGGUCCAGUUACGAAGAAAAAUGAUAAGAUAAAACAAGAUCACCUAACUUUGAUGAAAGCAUCAUCAGGUGAGUAAUAGCAUUAAUUAUAAAAUCAAAAGUUCAUGAAGAGCCUAAAACAAUUUACUCAAAAUUACUUUGGGGUUUAAUAAGAAAAAAAGAAAAAGCGACUGACAAACAACAAACCCGCAUCAAGCCAGAAAAAAUCCUAACUUACUACCAGACGGGACAAAUCAGAAUCCUUCAUAACCAAUACGAAUCACGACAACACUUAGAGUCAAUUAAAAUUCGGGUAAAUAAUGGAGGAAUUGGAAAGAUUCUCACUAAGCAAUCAAAAUCUAAAUUAGUUUAACUUAACAGAAGACAGUAUUGCAUAGUCAAGUGUAAUGGAAAGCGAGCUUGAGUAUACAGACUUUGGCAAUAUUAGAGCAUCGACUUAUAAAAGAAAUGCUGAAACCGUUCAAAGGAGAUAGCAAUAAUACAAGAGUGAAGAUAGGAAAAUUGAAAAUGGAUUUUUCUCUCAAGAGUAUUUAGAGAGCAGGUAUAUGAAUCCAAGAGUGGAAAUGGAACUAAGUGAGUUCAAAAAGGAAAUAGAGGGAAAAUUCUAGAAAAGUGAUCUUAGAGAUUACAAAUUUAGCAGAGGAGUAACUUCUAUGUCGUAUAACAUGUAAUCUGACAUCACUAAAACUUCAAUAUAAAAAAAUCAAUCUGUCCUAGAGAACAACGGGAAGAAAAGUACGAUGAAGGCAAUGUUCCAAAACUUUAUGAAAUAAUCGUUCGAUAAUUAAUUAUAUAAGACAAAACUUGAUACCAGCAAUAAUUUACUCACUUGUCAAGACAGGUUUGACCAAGAUUUCAAUUCCCUCACUUAAUUAACUUUUGAUGUAAAUUAGCCCAGAAUCAAGACAAACUAUAAUGGUGUGUCUAAAAAGACCAGUAAAACAGUAAUCAAGGACUAAUCAUAGGUUGUGGGUGGAGCAAUCAAGUAAAAUUCUCACAUUUAUGAUAAAUAGCAAAAGUAACAAAAAACUUCAUCAUAAUACAAAACUCCCAAAAAUUACUCACUAUAAUUAAACCAAGUGGUAAAGAAGAUUCUAACUGAUAACCGUGGAGGAGCUGGUCUGAAUGACGAUAAUAUAACGACAGGUUUUGGUAUAGUAGGAAGCAGUGGAACAGGUACUAUCGCUAAUAAUUAUGCUGACUUAGGAACUAUCAAUGAACCUUGCUUUUAUACUACAUAUAAUAACAACUCUGGAAAGCAAAAAAAUUUUGGAAGUUAAAUAGAAUUUAUGACUAAGGAUUGCAGAUAUAAUAGCAAUAAUGCUGUAGAUGCUGUCUAGCAUACCAGAUAUUCUAGAUCAAAUAGCAGUAGCAGAGGAGGAACAAGGAGCAAAAAGAGGGACAACAGCAAAUAAAAAGAUAAUUCUACUAAGAAGAGAGUAGAUAGUACAGUUCCUGCAAAAAAUUCACUCAUAAAUAAAUUCUUCAGGUAAAGUAAAGCCAUGCAUUCACCUUAGAGUAGAUAACCUAAGAUUAAGACUGCUUUGAAAGAUGGAAACUAAAUGGAUGUCAGAUUCAGUAAGCCAACGACCCAAAACACAUCAGCUGUCAACUCUAACCUAAGUACAAACAGGUUCCUUCACAUGUUCAAUAAACCAUUUUCCCAACAGAGAAGAUAAGCAUCUAGCAGUAUUAAAACAACAGCAAAAAGUACUUAGAAGAAUUCAAGAAUGCCUUCAUCUAGUAAAAAGCCGUCCUAAUAAAAUACGAGUAGCACUAACAAUUAAGCAGUCAAUAUCUCAAGUUUUUAAACACAGGGUACUAAUGUUAGAUUACCAGCAGGGAGAUAGCAAUACACUAGUCAAGAUUACUUGACAUCCAGUCAGAAUGUUAUUUCUACAUCAAACGAUUAAAAGCUUAAUCAAUUACUACUUAAGAAUAGUUAGAUCAAAAGAUCUGCUGAGGGAUUAAAAUAAAGUGACAAUUACAAAAACUAGCUAUCAAAUGCGGCUACUUCCUUGAAAACUAAGUCUUAAAAAUAGGAGAUGAAGACUCUCAUGCAAAGAUCAUUCCAUCACAAUUCUAACAAUGCUUAGUCAACUUAUUAAUAGCCAAAAUCUUAGAACCUAAAGGGAUCUAUUCACUAGUCUCCUACUCAAUUAACAGGAUUGCAGAAAAGUAUUUAAAAGAGCACCUAAAAGAUUGCAACUAGCAACGACAGAAUAAUAAAUCUAGGUCAGGUUAAUGUGAACUCAAAUAACAGCUCUAAAGCGCACUUGAACAAAUCCUCUAAUAUGAAAUAAACCUCUGCGAUUUCUAAAUCUAUUGCACUAAGUAAGAUUUGCAGUGCUGAAAGAGUCAACACAGCCGAAUCUCACCCUAUAAGAGGUAUCCAAUUAUAACUAAUCUGA